AUGGAGCAGCUUACACCUUUAUUGAUGAACUUCCUUGAGGAGUACGGCCGUCCUCAUGUUCAGGAAAAAGUUACUGAGGAACUGGAUGAGACUAAGGUCGAGCUCAAGAGGGAUAUGCCCAACACAAUGGUUGAAUACAUCAAGGACUCCGAAGCCAAUCCCAUCGUUUCGCAACUAGCCGAUGUCAUGGGCGACGAUCUCUUUGAACGUGUCAAGAGUGUCACUGAAUUCACAGUCGAAGCUGCCUCGGAGGGUAUGGACCUGUUGUUAACCAACGGUGUCAUGGGUAUCGCUCGAAAAGUCCUCACACAGACCACGGAGGAAGAAGGUCAGGGUUCAUUGAAUCUUGACUUUUUGAAGAGUGGUAAAGAAGGCAUGGUCUCGACAACCAUGGCAGCAUCUGCGCCUGUGAUCAAGCAGGUCAGUACUAACAUUGGCAAUAAGAUUAGCGCACACCUGCCAGCAUCCAUUGGAGGCGCCAUUCAAGAGAUGAUUGAUGAACACGGUGGUUCUAGUGGACUGUUGGGCAUGGCUGCAGGUCUUGUUCUCAAGUUUAUGGGCGGCGAGGAAGACGGUCCAGGCGAGAAAACUGUUGAGGGUGGUGGAGACGCAACGGAUGUUGAAAAAGUUGGUGGCCACACAGGCAAAAUUCAAAAAAUGGUCCAGAAAAUCUUGGCUCCCAAGGUCUUGCUCCUUAUUCAACCCUAUCUUCAGGAUUUUGAGGCCAAGAUGACAAAGUCCUUGGAAGGCGAGCUUCGUACCAAGCUUUUCUCUCCUGAUUACAUUAAAACAAAGGUGUUGUCUAUGAUCACCGGCCUUGGAGAGGGUGGAGGCUCUGGUUUUGGAGCUAUCCUCGGUGCCUUCAUGGGCGGUGGAGAUAACGAUGACGAUGAGAAGAAAGGCGGCGGCGGUGGAGGCAAUGUUGAUGCGAUGGGUCUCAUCGGGAACUUGGCAACUCAAUUCUUAAAGGGGAGGGAUGACAAUUAA